CGUGUCCCCCAGGUGCCUGCCGAGCUGCCCGCCGAGGACGGGCCGGACCUGCUGCUGCUGCUGCUGCUGGAGCCCCGCGAGUUCCUGCGGGGCGCUGCCCAGCUGACACAGGCCUCAGGCCUCCCUUCCUCUGUACCCUGGAUUUCUCCUGAGAGCCCCAGCCGCCCCCACCUGGCUGUCAUCGGCCUGGACGCCUACCUGUGGUCUCAGCAUCCAAGCACCCAGCCGGAGGAUCCACCGGAGGAGGCCCAGCAGGAAGCAGCCACCAGCUGGCCCAAGGUGGAAGAGGCCCUCGUGCUCCUCCAACUCCUGGCCGACAUGGACGUGCUGCUGGUGGACUCGUGGCAGGAGCUGAGUCAGCACGUGUGCGCGUUCACGAAGGCCCUGGCCCAGCGCCCCUGCAAGCAGCACCGGGACACCCACGCCUUUGCCUUCUGCACAGCAGGGCGCUGGGCCUCUGGCCAACGAGUGGCCAGAGAUGGCUCGGGACUCCGGGGAGUGUGGUGGAGGCAAAUCAAGCAGUUUAAUCGCGUCAGCCCGGCUGUGGCCCAGGCCGUAGUUGCUGCCUUCCCCUCCCCCCGCCUUCUGCAGGAGGCCCUCUCUGCCUGCAGCACGGAGCAAGAGCGCCGAGGCCUCUUGGCCGACCUCCCUGUGAAUGUCCAGGGCAGGCGACCCCGCAGGGUGGGCCCGGACCUCUCCCGCCGCAUCUGCCUCUUCCUCAGCACCACCAACCCCGACCUCCUGUUGGACCUGGGAUCCUGACCUUGCCUGCAGGUCCCUGCAGCAUGCAGAACACGGCACACGUACACGCAUGCACCACACAACACACAUGUUCUUACACACCCCAGCCUCUGGGAUGGACCAGCGAGACUGAGCAGAGAGCAGACCCUGUCAGGCAGGUGGGCAUGAGGCCCCGCACGCUUCCGUAGGCUGCCGUGAACUGUCCCUGGUGGUCAGAUGGGAGCUGCAGAGGUGGUGAGGGAUGGCGGGAGCCCCGGGGUGCACAGAAGCAUGUGCUCCCCUCAUGGGGGGGUAGACAGUCAGAGGUCCUGCCGCUGGCCGUGGAAGCCUGAUGAAGGGCUGCGUGCCCGGAUGGGCAGUCAGACUCAGGGCAGUACCCAAAUGCACAACCCCUCCGAGGCGUGGGGCGGGGCGGCCUGGGAAGCAGUAGGAACCUUGAGGGAGAAGCCUGCCCCUCCCAGGCUGAACCCCAGAGGAAAGCACGGGUGCUGGGAGGUCCGGCUUCGCAGGGCUCUUUAAUCUUACAGUGUCAGAGGUGGCAGCCCGAGGCUGACCGCAGUUGUUGGGAGCCUCCGCUGAGGGCAGCGGCGGCAACAUGCAAGGCAAGUCAGAGAAACCGAGGCCCAAGGGGCAGGAGGCCUGUGAGGCAGUAAGAGCUGUGCCCACGGCCCUCCCGGGCCGCCCACCCCCCUGCUCACAGGCGGGGUCCCGCAGCAGCCCAGGCAAAGGACAGGUGCGGCUCCCCACCACAUGGCAGGAGGCCGCCGGGGACCCUGGCAUUGUGCCUCUGGAGGUCCUGGAGAAAGAACUGUCCUGCUUCAGCCCAAGAGGGGACAAGCCCAGGGAGCCCUCAGCCCCGCUCUCCCACCUCCUGCUGCCCUGGGAGCCUGGAGGAAAGGAGGGCAGUCCACGCCCGAGGGCAGCGUGCGCCGGGCCGGGUCUGCCAGUCAGGUCCGUCGGCAGCGCUUCCUCUGACAGGGCCUGGUGUCCGGACAGGGGCUGGGCGCGUCGGCGGGGGG